CAAGGGGAGAAUUACGUCCUCAGCGGAAGGCUUCGCGGAAGACUUGAUUUUUUCCCAAGUUUAUCGGAUUUUGUGGGAAUAUUUGCUUUACCGUGCAAGCUCCUUUAGGGAAACCCCGGUGUGGCGGUAUCCCUUCGCGAUGCGAAGAUGGCGCCCCUGCUCCUUCCCCCAGGCACCGAUACGUUCCGCCGCUUCACCCGGGAAUCGCUGGCGGAGAUCGAGAGGCUCAAGGAGGAAAGUAAAAAGGCCCCAGAAGUAGAGGUUGACGAGGAUGAAGAGCCAGCGGCCCCGAACGCUGAUCUGGAGGCGGGCAAAAGUCUGCCCAUGAUCUACGGAGAUCCCCCACCAGAGCUGCUCAACACUCCUCUGGAGGACCUGGACCCCUUCUACAAAACACAGCACACAUUCAUUGUGAUCAGCAAAGGAAACACAAUCUUCAGGUUCAACGCUGAACCGGCUUGCUACAUUCUGAGCCCCUUUAGUGUGAUUAGAAGAGGAGCCAUCAAAAUUCUCAUACAUUCAUUAUUUAGCAUGUUCAUCAUGAUUACGAUUCUAUCGAAUUGUGUAUUCAUGACGAUGAGCAACCCACCAGCAUGGAGUAAAACUGUUGAGUAUGUUUUUACUGGUAUCUAUACCUUUGAGGCAACAGUCAAAGUGUUGUCAAGAGGUUUCUGUGUUGGAUCUUUUACAUUCCUCCGAGAUCCAUGGAAUUGGCUGGAUUUCAUGGUGAUCAGCAUGGCAUACAUCACUGAGUUUGUUGACCUUGGCAACGUGUCAGCCCUCAGGACAUUUCGUGUACUUCGAGCCCUCAAAACAAUUACUGUGAUUCCUGGUUUGAAAACCAUCGUGGCUGCUCUGAUCCAGUCGGUGAAGAAAAUGGUGGACGUCAUGAUUCUGACCGUCUUCGCCCUCGCCGUUUUCGCCCUCAUUGGCCUUCAGCUCUUUAUGGGAAAUCUGCGUCAUAAAUGUAUACGGUGGCCCAUCGACACAAAUGAAACUGCAUUUGAAUUUUUUAACACCACCGACACAUUUAAUGGCACCAUGUCCUUCAACGACACCAUGGGCUUCAAUGAUACAGCGUAUUCCAACAGCACCUUCGAUUUCAAUGAGUAUAUUGAAAACACAGAAAAUCAUUAUUUCUUGGAUGGCAGCCCAGAUGCUCUGCUUUGUGGAAACAGCUCUGAUGCUGGAAAGUGCCCUGAAGGAUACACGUGCAUGAAGGCUGGGAGGAACCCCAACUUUGGCUACACCAGCUUUGACUCUUUUGGCUGGGCCUUCCUGGCUCUCUUCAGACUCAUGACGCAGGAUUACUGGGAGAACCUUUUCCAGCUGAUCCUGCGGGCGGCUGGUAAGACGUACAUGCUGUUCUUUGUGGUGGUCAUCUUUCUGGGUUCCUUCUACCUCAUCAACCUGAUCCUGGCCGUGGUAGCCAUGGCGUACGAUGAACAGAAUCAGGCCACUCAGCGAGAGGCCAUAGAGAAAGAAGAGGAGUUCCAGCGGCUACUAGAGCAACUCAAGAAUCAAGAACAGAUGGCUCAAGGUCUCGGGAGCCGACUCACUCUAACCAGUAAGAAGACACUCAGUCGUCACACCAUAGCUGAAUUAACAGAUGAUGAUCUGAGCGUUAACAAUGACGAAAUUAUCAAGGAUUGUAACGGGAGAGUCAUCCCUCGUUUGUUAGUCAGAGCGCCGACCAUGGUGAAGACUGCUGCAGAUCUUGAAAUCAGAGAGAAGUCUGUCGGCUCUGUGCACAGCAUGCUUCAUCUGGACGAGCCAGGCCUGGCACAGAGGUCUGCGAGUGCUCUCACUGUGCUCACUGCAGCUGCUAUGGAAGAGUUGGAGGAGGCUCAGAGGCCGUGCCCACCCGGCUGGUACAAGUUUGCCGACAUAUUCCUGAAGUGGGACUGCUGCCCGCAAUGGGUGCUCUUUAAAGAGUGGGUGCACUUUGUGGUGAUGGACCCUUUUGUUGACUUGGCCAUCACCAUCUGCAUCGUGCUCAACACCCUCUUCAUGGCCAUGGAGCACUACCCCAUGACCCCGGAGUUUGACCACAUGCUUUCAGUGGGAAAUCUGGUUUUCACUGGGAUCUUCACUGCGGAGAUGUUCUUCAAGCUCAUUGCCAUGGAUCCCUACUACUACUUUCAAGUUGGCUGGAAUAUUUUCGACAGCAUCAUCGUCACUCUCAGUCUGGUGGAGUUGGGGCUGGCGAAUGUCCAGGGGCUGUCUGUCCUCAGGUCCUUCCGUCUGCUUCGAGUCUUUAAACUGGCCAAGUCCUGGCCCACGCUCAACAUGCUGAUCAAGAUCAUCGGUAACUCAGUCGGAGCUCUAGGAAACCUGACUUUGGUGCUGGCCAUCAUCGUCUUCAUCUUUGCCGUGGUGGGUAUGCAGCUCUUUGGCAAGAGCUACAAGGACUGCGUGUGCAAGAUCUCGACAGAGUGCGAGCUGCCGCGCUGGCACAUGAACGACUUCUUCCACUCGUUCCUUAUCGUGUUCCGCAUCCUGUGCGGGGAGUGGAUCGAGACCAUGUGGGACUGCAUGGAGGUGGCCGGAGCUGGGAUGUGUUUGGUCGUCUUCAUGAUGGUUAUGGUCAUCGGAAAUCUAGUGGUGUUGAACCUCUUCCUGGCCUUGCUGCUCAGCUCGUUCAGCGGAGACAACCUCUCCGCGGGGGACGAUGACGGAGAGAUGAACAACCUCCAGAUCGCCAUCGGCAGGAUCACAAGGGGAAUAGACUGGUUUAAAGCCUUCGCCGUUCGAACCAUGCUGCAGAUUCUCGGCAGGAAGCCCAAAGAGCCAGAGGAGUCCAAGGACGGACCGACGGACAAUGAGGACCCUAAAAUGGAGGAAAUUGAAAUGAACCACUUGGACACUGGUCAGGAUUUCAAACUGGCAGAUGGGAUACCUAACUGUCUGGUUGAAGGCCGGCCUUCUGGAUUUAUUGUGGAUGGAGAGCUCAGUCUCAACGUGCCGAUCGCUCAAGGAGAGUCAGACUUUGAGAACUUGGGCGAGGACACAGAGGAUGAUGCUGAUAAUGCCUCAGAGACUUCAGAUGAAAAGAAUAACCAUCAUUUCUCGGAAGACUUAGAAGAAGAAAGAAGCAUGCUGGGAAAAGUCAAACUGAUGGGUGCUUUGAAUGAUGGGGAUUCUUCAGUGUGUAGCACAGUGGACUACCAACCACCUGCGCCUGAACCAGAAGAAGAGGAAGAGGAAGAGCCUGAAAUAAUUGAGCCAGAGGCCUGCUUCACUGACAAAUGUAUUACCCGCUGGCCUUGUCUGACUGUGGACAUCACUCAGGGCCGAGGAAAGAAAUGGUGGAACCUGCGCAGGACUUGUUUCACUAUUGUGGAGCACGACUGGUUUGAAACCUUCAUCAUCUUCAUGAUUCUCCUCAGCAGCGGCGCUCUGGCCUUUGAGGACAUACACAUAGAAAGACGCCGAACCAUCAAAAUUAUUCUGGAGUAUGCCGACAAAGUUUUCACCUACAUCUUCAUCAUCGAGAUGAUCCUUAAAUGGGUCGCGUACGGCUUCAAGACCUACUUCACCAACGCCUGGUGCUGGCUGGACUUUUUCAUCGUAGAUGUUUCCCUGAUUAGUUUAGCUGCAAACUGGAUGGGAUCUGAUCUCGGACCAAUCAAAUCCCUCAGGACUCUCAGGGCGCUGCGGCCUCUUCGAGCGCUGUCGAGAUUUGAAGGCAUGAGGGUGGUGGUGAACGCUCUCGUCGGAGCGAUUCCCUCCAUCUUUAACGUGCUGCUGGUGUGUCUGAUAUUCUGGCUCAUCUUUAGCAUCAUGGGAGUCAACCUGUUUGCAGGGAAGUUCUACCGCUGCAUCAACACCACCACAGAGGAGCUCUUCCCCAUGACGGAGGUCAACAACAAGAGCGACUGCAUGGCCAUUAAAGAGGCCACGCAGGAUGCUCGCUGGGUCAACGUCAAAGUCAACUAUGACAAUGUGGGACAAGGCUACCUGUCUCUGCUUCAAGUGUCAACUUUUAAAGGCUGGAUGGACAUCAUGUAUGCUGCUGUUGACUCAAGAGAGGUAGAGGAGCAGCCUUCUUAUGAGAUCAACCUCUACAUGUACAUAUACUUUGUCAUCUUCAUCAUCUUUGGCUCUUUCUUCACACUGAACCUCUUUAUUGGUGUCAUCAUCGACAAUUUCAACCAACAGAAGAAAAAGUUUGGAGACAAAGACAUCUUCAUGACUGAAGCAAAAAAGUACUACGAUGCCAUGAAGAAACUUGGUUCCAAGAAGCCACAGAAGCCGAUUCCGCGUCCAACGAACCUAAUCCAGGGAAUGGUGUUUGACUUCAUCAGUCAGCAGUUCUUUGACAUCUUCAUCAUGGUGCUCAUCUGCCUCAACAUGGUGACCAUGAUGGUGGAGACGGACAACCAGAGCCCGGAGAAGGAGGACUUCCUCUUUAAAGUAAACGUGGCUUUCAUUGUCGUCUUCACCGGAGAGUGCGUGUUGAAGCUCUUUGCCCUGCGACAAUAUUUCUUCACCAACGGGUGGAACGUUUUUGACUUUGUCGUGGUCAUCUUGUCCAUAGCUGGUACAAUGCUCUCAGACCUGAUCGAGAAGUACUUUGUGUCACCGACUCUGUUCAGAGUGAUCAGACUGGCCAGAAUAGGCAGGAUUCUGCGUCUUAUUAAAGGAGCAAAGGGCAUUCGGACACUUCUCUUCGCUCUGAUGAUGUCACUUCCUGCCCUGUUCAACAUCGGCCUUCUGCUCUUCCUCAUUAUGUUCAUCUUCUCCAUAUUUGGCAUGUCAAACUUUGCCUACGUCAAAAAGGAGGCCGGAAUUGAUGAUAUAUUUAAUUUCGAGACGUUUGGUGGCAGCAUUAUUUGCCUGUUUGAGAUCACGACGUCAGCAGGCUGGGAUGGGCUUUUACUCCCGAUGCUUAACAAGGAGUAUCCAGACUGCGAUCCGGACUUCGAGAACCCGGGCACGGAUGUAAAGGGGAACUGCGAGCCGGGCAUCAGCAUGAUAUUCUUCUGCGGCUACAUCAUCAUCUCAUUCUUGGUGGUGGUCAACAUGUACAUCGCCAUCAUCUUGGAGAACUUCAAUGUGGCGCAGGAGGAGAGCAGCGAUGCGCUCUGUGAGGACGACUUUGAGAUGUUCAACGAGACGUGGGAGAAGUUUGACGUCGAUGGAACCAUGUUCAUCGAGUACAGCCGGCUCUCAGAUUUCUGUGAUGCCUUGCAGCCGCCGCUCAGGGUUGCCAAACCCAACAAGCUCCGUCUGAUUGAAAUGGAUCUGCCCCUCGUCAUUGGGGACCGGAUUCACUGCCUGGAUGUGUUGUUGGCCGUCACUCAGAUGGUCUUGGGAGACACGGUGGAGAUGGCGGCCAUGCGGGACAGCAUUGAGGCCAAGUUCAUCCUGAGCAACCCCACCUCAGACUCCUUCGCACCGAUCACCACGACGAUGCGCCACAAAGAGGAGCAAUUGGCUGCUGUAAUCAUUCAGAGAGCUUACCGCAGCCACCUGCUGAAACGCUGCAUACGCCACGCCGCUUUUAUGCACAGCUGUAAACGGUUUGGUAGAAAGGAUGAAGGUGAAGAUCCACCAGAGAAAGAGGGCAUGCUCGCACGGAGGAUGGGAGUGCUCUAUGGGAGCAACGUGGACCUCGCAGAGGAGAUGGAGCGCGCUGAUUUGGAAACUCUAACAAGCCAACAGCCUCCUAAUCCCGAGACAUUGUCGCUUGACGUGGAGGCCCAGAGUGGUUCAGAGUCCGCCGAGCCAAAUAUCAUGGUCGUACCUGUAGAAAUUACUAAUGAGGUUUUACUACAUUCUGCCCCGAACCCACACCUCUUUAGCCUCCCUGCAAAUCUGAGGGAGACGAUUGUAUAA